UGGUUGAAAUCCAUUUGUAACAUGACGCCCCGACGUCUUUGUGUUUGUGUGUUCCUUAAUGAAAUGCGUCAUUUUUCUCGGCGAGUCGAUUUGUGUGAAAUGGUGGAAGCUGAGAAAUUUCCAAGUGCUUGAAAACCGUAAUUUUGUGAUAAGACGGUUCGAUAAAUUGAUUUCAAUUAUACACGAGGAAAGUUGAAAAAAAAAAAUCUACACGUUAUCAUCAUGGUGAAGAAACGUGGCAUUGUUUGGAAUUAUUUUGAGAAAAAAGUUGAUGGUACACAAGUGAUUGCUUUUUGUAAAUUUUGUGAUCAAUCUUAUACACAAAAUGCAACACGUAUGGAAAAACAUAUGGAACGUUGUCCAAAAUGUCCGGAGGAUAUUAAAAUGCAGUUCAUACAAGUUGGCGUUACAAAGAGGUCAAAAGCAAGAAUUCUUGGCAAUUCGAUGGAGAAUUGGGUGAAGCAAGAUAAUACAAUUGAAGGUAAUAUUACCGAAACCGAAAUUGAAGAAUUAGAAAACUGGGAAUACAGAAAUCAGAAUUAUGCAGAUGAAGGUUCGAGUAAUGCGCCACAAACCGUUGAACUAAUCAUGCAGGAUGAUGAAUCGUGGGUUGGCCGUGAAACCGAAUUAGAAAAUACCGAACACGAGGAAACAAUUACAAAAACCGAGUGGAUAGCUAGCCAAGGCAGUGGACAAUCAAAUGCUUCUUCACAAGAACAACCACGACCAACGCAGAGGAAAGUUUUCAUACCGAGAAGAAUUUCACAGUGGCCAGUUGUUACGCCACGUUCGCAUUCAACUCAUUCGCCUUUACAGAGUAAAAUUUAUCAGGAACAACUUUUAGAGAAACGUGCAUUAAGAAGAAUUGCCGAACUUGAAUUACGUAGAAAAACAAUGGAGUUUGAGAGAUUUCAAUGGGAAUAUGAAAGAGAUAAAGCACAAAGUGAAGUUAAAUGGGCCCAUGAUACAAGAAUGAUGCAAUUAAAAGAGGAACGUGAACGACAAUUAAUUGAACAAAGUCGAGUUGGAUUACCGCGGAUUAUAAAUUGCACGACAUUACAAUCGUCAUCUCCUUAAAUUGUUCAUUUUCAAUUUUGUUCCAUAAUUA